AUGAUUGCUCGUGAAGUGAUGCAACUUACAACGAUAGACAUCUACUGGCCAGUGUGCAUCCUGGGUCAGUCAGGCACCUCUAUUAAAACUCCUCCCUGGAGUACCUUUAUUAAAACUCCUCCCUGCAGCACCUCUAUUAAAACUCCUCCCUGGAGUACCUUUAUUAAAACUCCUCCCUGCAGCACCUCUAUUAAAACUCCUCCCUGGAGUACCUUUAUUAAAACUCCUCCCUGCAGCACCUCUAUUAAAACUCCUCCCUGGAGUACCUUUAUUAAAACUCCUCCCUGCAGCACCUCUAUUAAAACUCCUCCCUGGAGUACCUUUAUUAAAACUCCUCCCUGGAGUACCUUUAUUAAAACUCCUCCCUGGAGCACCUCUAUUAAAACUCCUCCCUGGAGUACCUCUAUUAAAACUCCUCCCUGCAGCACCUCUAUUAAAACUCCUCCCUGGAGUACCUUUAUUAAAACUCCUCCCUGGAGUACCUUUAUUAAAACUCCUCCCUGGAGUACCUUUAUUAAAACUCCUCCCUGGAGUACCUUUAUUAAAACUCCUCCCUGCAGCACCUCUAUUAAAACUCCUCCCUGGAGCACCUCUAUUAAAACUCCUCCCUGGAGUACCUCUAUUAAAACUCCUCCCUGCAGCACCUCUAUUAAAACUCCUCCCUGGAGUACCUCUAUUAAAACUCCUCCCUGCAGCACCUCUAUUAAAACUCCUCCCUGGAGUACCUCUAUUAAAACUCCUCCCUGCAGCACCUCUAUUAAAACUCCUCCCUGCAGCACCUCUAUUAAAACUCCUCCCUGCAGCACCUCUAUUAAAACUCCUCCCUGCAGCACCUCUAUUAAAACUCCUCCCUGGAGUACCUCUAUUAAAACUCCUCCCUGCAGCACCUCUAUUAAAACUCCUCCCUGCAGCACCUCUAUUAAAACUCCUCCCUGCAGCACCUCUAUUAAAACUCCUCCCUGCAGCACCUCUAUUAACACUACUCCUUGCUUCGCCUUUGAUGAUGUCCCAAACUAA